AGCUUGUAUUGAAUUUAAUAAAAAAGAUUAUCGACAAACACUAAAUUCAUAUAAACGUGCUUUAAAAUAUGCAUCAGAAAAUUCUGCUGAUAUUCAUGUUCGAUUAGCCAAUGCAUUUGUUCGAUUAAAUAAACUUGAAAACACUGAAUUAACAUUUAAUCGUACCAUUGAAAUUGAUCCAUAA